AUGGAACUUAGUCAGUACUGGAUUGAUCCCAUGUUCGCACCACGAUUCGGAAUGGAUGAAAUUCCAAACGCAUUUGUUAAAGAGAACAAACAUGGAUGGAAUAAAAAUGUAAACCUCUCUUAUAACUUAAAGCUAGGAGUAAUUGUCAAAAAAGUGGAAAAUAUUGUAAAAGGUCAAGGUAAAAACGUUAAGAUUACUUGCUUAAAUGCAUAUCGUAAAACUGAAGAAUAUUACUAUGGUGAUGCGGUCUUUGUUAUGGUACCGAUCAAAGCUUUACAAAAUAUGGAUAUCCCUUUAAAUGAUAAACAGAGAAAGGCUUUGAAUGGUGCAUUUUUCAUUCACGCUACAAAAAUAUUGUUGCAGUGCAGGAGACGUUUCUGGCAAAAGGCCAUGUCAUAUAAACAAAGAACCAAUUUACAUAAUGACUUGCAAGGCGGUUAUACAAUAACAGAUGAGCCUAUAGGCCGCAUAUUUUACCCGAACUAUGUGGGAUCAGGGAUUGGGAGAAAUGCUCGAGGAAUACUAACUGUCUACACAUUACAAGACAGUGCUGUUAAGUUUGGUAAAGAUACUGUAAAGACGUGUAUCAGUGAAGCAAUAGCACAGAUCAGCCGAGUUCAUCCAGAGAUAAAAGCGGAAUUUGAAACAGGCGUAGUUCAGGCUUGGGAUAAAGACCAGAAACGUUUGUGUGCAUUUGCCGAAUUAAAUCCUCCAGACUAUAUAGAAUCUAUGAAAGCAUUCGAAUCGACAGGAAAAUAUUAUAUAGGGGGGGAACUUUUUUUCGAAAUUUCUGGAUAA